CUUCUCGAAAUUUCCGGGAGAAACCAUGGGCCUGAGUGCCUGAGGCAGCAAGGCGUCUAGGCUGCCCGCACCUCGACGGCGCUAAACCCUUCCGGGCGCCGCAAAAAGAACGAAUGGAAAAAAGCCGCCAAAAACAUCUUCUUUCAACAGUCACAGACCUGCGCAUCUCUUCUUCCUCCGUGCGCCCCGUCUCGGCCCCGAGGAACCUUGCUCAGCUAUCGUCGGAGUCGCAGUCUGGAAACUCGAUUGGGAUGCCUCUCUGAACAUGCUUUAUCAUAGGCCCUUUCGGUGACUGUGUUCUAACUUGACGACCUGCUUCCUCCGUCCUGACUAUGGCUUCCGCGGGAUCGUCCGGCGGCUCUGUCAGUGAGCUCGCCGCGAAGCUCUACGAUGCAUGCCUGACCAAGUUCCCUCCUGAUCAUCUCUUCGUUCAGCAAGAAUUGCUCGGCUUGGGCAUCUUUCCCAAGUCCGACCUUGCGCUUCUCCUCCAAUGCACCCAAUCGCUCGUGGACCAAAAGCUGUUCCGACUUCUGCAGAAAGAUAACCGCUUAGCCUGGAAGAUCAUCUCGCGGGAAGAUGCUGAAAAGUAUGCAUGAUCUUGACUGCAUGAUCUUCUGACUCUCACUAUGCAUAUACAUGAGUGAUGCUAAUAUAUCCCCGCUUCCCCACUUCAGACUUCAGAAUUUGAACCCCGACGAAAGUUUGGUCUACAAUGUGAUUCACUCGACCGGACGUUCUGGUAUCUGGGUCCGCGCCAUCCAGAACCGUACAAACCUCCACAAGUCCAUCCUAGAUCGCUGCCUCAAGUCGCUCGAAGGGAAAAACUACAUCAAAAGCGUCCACAAUGUCAAGUUCCCCAGCCGGAAGAUGUACAUGCUGGCGGGCCUGGCCCCCAGCGAAGAUGUCACCGGUGGCGCUUGGUUCACGGACGGCGUGCUGGACGAGGACUUCAUCACCACGAUGGCCGGGUAUAUCGAAUAUACCGUGAGUCGGAAAAGUUGGUUCGAAACGACGCCGGCAGACGGACGAGGCAAGCGCAUCAAAACCGCCGACGGAAGUGCAUCGUUGAAACAGGAGCCCCCCCAGAAAGAAUACAUCCCCUUCCCCGCGGGUUACCAGGGCUAUCCCACCGUCGCGACGAUCACCGCCGCCGUCAACGAGAGUGCUCUCACCCCCGUGCGCUUGGGCGAAGAGAGUGUCCUGCAGCUCCUCGAGAUGCUCUGCUUCGACAACAAGCUCGUCGCCCUGAACAACGGCGAAGUCUACCGAUCGGUCAAAAACCCGGAGGCCGUCAAACUAUCGCAAGCUCGGAAACCCGCCGGAGACGACGACGCGUCGGAUCGACUGGUCCAGAACGGCAUGACGGAAGCCCCUUGCGGCCACUGUCCUGUCUUCAAACUCUGUGCUCCCGGAGGCGCCGUGAGUCCGGAAAGCUGCGAAUACUUUGACCCGUGGUUGGAGAAAGCUUUGGGAUUCUGAGCAGCCGAGCACCGCCCAAUCCUCCUUUCUCUUUCCUCUAUCAUCUUCCUUUUCUCUCUUAUAGUCGAUGUACUAUGUGCGCAUCAGCGCCAGGUCAUGUUUUGCUUUGCAUAGCGGUGGCGUUUGCAUGUCUUUUGUCUGAAGUUGAGUGGUCAUCUCGAUUUAUCUGGACAUUUCACGAACUUUAGAAAAAUGUCGUGGCAUUUAGGUAUGGGUUCGGAUCUACAACCAAAAGUGGAAAAGUUGGCACAUCAUAACGUCAUAGCCUAUCCUUUAAUCUGCACGCAUAGAUAGGGAACAAAAUUUAUUGAGAUAUCCGAGAGUAAAA